GGCCCCCAGCCCCCUGCCCCCUGCCCUGGGGAACCCCUGCCCUGUGGGGACAUGAACAGUGUUUGCUGCCUGGUCCUGGUCGCGCUGAGCCUGUGGCCAGGUAGAGCUGCUGCCCCGGGGCCACCUCCUGGCCCCCCACGGGCCUCCCCAGACCCUCGGGCUGAGCUGGACAGCGCCGUCCUCCUGACCCGCUCUCUCCUGGCGGACACUCGGCAGCUGGCCGCACAGCUGAGAGACAAAUUCCCAGCUGACGGAGACCACAACCUGGAUUCCCUCCCCACCUUGGCCAUGAGUGCGGGGGCGCUGGGAGCCCUGCAGCUACCGGGAGUGCUGACACGGCUGCGGGCAGACCUGUUCUCCUACCUGAGGCAUGUGCAGUGGCUGCGCCGGGCAGGAGGCCCUUCCCUGCGGACCCUGGAGCCCGAUCUGGGCGCCCUGCAGGCCCGGUUGGACCGGCUGCUGCGCCGGCUGCAGCUCCUGAUGUCCCGCCUGGCCCUGCCCCAGGCGCCCCCAGACCCACCGGCACCCCCCCUGCCUCCCCCGGCCUCACCCUGGGGAGGCGUCCGGGCGGCCCAUGCCAUCCUUGGGGGGCUGCACCUGACGCUCGACUGGGCUGUGCGGGGCUUGCUGCUGCUGAAGACUCGGCUGUGACCCUCCACCUAGAGCCACCAGCGCCCUUCAAAGCCAGACCUUAUUUAUUUAUUUAUUUCGGGACUGGGGGCGUGGUAGCCAGAGGACUCCGCCCUCACCAUUGUCUCCCUCUAGUUAGAGACCAUCCCUCCAGGAGACCUGGGCAGGGGGGCAUCUGUGCCUUAUUUAUACUUAUUUAUUUAAGGGGGUGGGUGGGAGGCAGGUGGACUCGGGGGUCCCUGAGGAGGAGGGAACCGGGGUCCCGGAUUCUUGGAUCUCUAAGAAGUCUGGCCACGGUGUCUCCCUGACCCCCACCCCUCUGUGCUUGGGCAGGAGCAUAUAUUAUUUAUUAAACAAUUACUUUCUGUGUUGGGGUGGGGAGG